ACGGCGGAACUUAACAUUGAAAUUAGUGCAUCUUCCACUAAUUUCAAUGUUAAGUUCCGCCGUUUUACCCAAUUUUUUACAAAUCGGGGCCUUAACAAGUCUGUCAGUUUUAUACGUGCUUGAAACACGUAAAAUGCAUUACCUUACCUUUACCUAAAAAAUUAGUACUUCUUAUACAAAAUAUGCAGCCUCGAAGCAUAAUACCAACUAUAUAACUGACAUUGACCAUCAUGAGAUUCACCAUAAUAUACUUAAUAAAUUACCGUCAACUUCCUAAUUUUAUGUUUAACCGUUACAGAUUAUUCUCAUCAGUAAAUGUUCAUUUUGUCAAAAUACUGAAUACAAAGUAUUUUUCCGACCAUUGUAUAACCUCAUUGCAUCUGCCAGAAGAACACUGAAGAAGACAAGAAUUCUUAUAUUCGAAAGUGGUAUAAUGUAAGUCCAUGUAAAAAAAAUAUAUUAUAUUGUUGUUUUUGAUUGAAUAAUUUGAUGUGCCUUAUACCUACGGUGACCAUAUUUCUAGAAGCGAAACCUGGGACAGAUAAAAAAUUCGUUGGAUCGUUUUGAAAAUAUUGAUUUUUCACAAAAAAAAUAAAAAUUUUAUUUUUUUAAAAUGAGUUUUGAUAAUUUCCUUAUUUUGAUACGAUGAUUUCUUAAACGAUUUGAUGGGAGCGUUUUCAUUGAAAUCAUUUAAGUCGUUUCCAAAAUCAAGAAAGCGGAUUUAUAAUAGGUACCUAACUUCUAAAAAAAUAUUUUUUCAAUAAAAAAAAAUACUUUUCCUGAUAUAGCUUUUCAACUCGACAAAUACAAGCUGGAACUAAACAAAAUGACAAAAAAAUUUUAAAACUAAAGCCUAGUCUUGAAGUGAAAUUGAAAAUUUUCAUAUAAAACCAGCACGACGAAAUACGAAAAUUUAGUUUUUCGAUGCACAUUUACUAUGCACAUUUAACCACCGAAAUUCUUUACUGUAUUAGAAUAUUUGGAGAGUUUUCAAUCGUUUUUCACUGACAUUUAACUGUCCAAGUAAUUUUUUGACUUUGGAGACUUAUUAGAAAAACUUUUAAUUUAAAUCAACCAAAGACUGUUUUUUCUUGUUUUCGGUUCAAAGGUUUUAAAAUUUUGAAUAAAUAACACUGUGUUCGAAAAUGGAACUUUUUUUUUCCGACAGAGGGCUCUCAUAUCUACUGAAGAUAAUUCGAGUAUGCUGAACACAAUGGCGUUCUUAGUUUUUCUGGAUUAGGUCAAAUAAGGAAGAUUUUUGCGUUUGAAAUUUUGUUUGCACAUGCCAAAACUGAGGGUAUAAAACACCAUAUAUUUUCCAAUUUUUGAUUUUUAUCGAUGAAAAAUGAUGGAAAAUCUAUUUUUUUUCCAAGUAUUAUUCGUACAAGAAGUUAUUUGAAAAAAAAACUGUCGAAUGACAUUUUAAAUCAUUAUUUUAUGGCAAAAAAACGUCGAUUUUUCUUCAAUUUUUCUAAUAUUUUUCGUAUUACUUAAAUUAAAAUGCAGCGAUUUGAUCUUGUAUUUCAGGAUAGAAUAUGGCUUUGUUUACAAAUACGAAUAGGCAGUGCCUACCUAUCUACAAUAUUGGUUAAGCUUAAGAGUGAAAAAGUAGCAGUAAAACACUGUUUUUUUUUAAUUUUUUAGUUUAUAAAAUAAAAAAUUACAAAAAGUUUAAAUGCAAUACAUAUGUAGGGAAAGUGGGGGCAAAAUCGUUUUCUUACUAUGUUGUAUGAAAAAAAAAAUAAUAAUAAAACUGGCAAACCUUGCAAUAUGAAAAAGUGGCUUUUGGUAUGAUCGACCAUGUCUGAAAGUAUGAGCAUGUUUGGUUGAAACGCCGAAACUCUUGUGAUUUUUCAACAAAUCGUUACCGUUUAUGUUAAAAGUAAGUUGCACUUUUAACCGUGAGAUAGUUAAAGUUUUUAACUUAUUCUUUAUAAUGAAAGUUGAUUAUUCAAGAGUACUUUCUUGUGAAAGAAUGAAUUUUAAAGGUUUGAACCUUAAGUAAAAAACAUAUUCUAGAAUAUCAGGUAAGAUCAAAAGGGGGCAAAACGCCCAUGGGCUCAAGUAGCAUAAAAACCCUCUUAAGAGAAACCCUCUUAAGAGAAAACCCCGCUUAUCUGAAACACUUUUCUGAUCUUUAAAUAUUUUCUUCAGUUAAACGGGGUUCGGUUAAGUCAAAAACCCCCGUAAGUUAAAGAUGAACUGUGACGAUCACAAUUAUGUGUUGUGUAUGUGAGCUCAUAUAAUGCAGAUGGAAGUAAUAGUAAAUAUGUUUUAAUUUUAAAACAAAUUGAAAAAAAAAAUGAUUUUUUGAACUUAAAAAAAAUUAAAUACAAAUAUUGAUAUCAUGCCUGAUUUUUUAAUUAAAUAUCUACAUCUACAUAUGUAUAAUAUUCCAGAGUACUAACAAAUAAAAGGUGUGUACAAAAAAAUGUUGAGUUUUCGCAUAUAUUUGUACCUUUAUAGUUAAAAAAUGUAAGAAAAAGUUAAAGAAAAGUCGACGUUUUUUGCCAUAAAAUAAUGAUUUAAAUAGUUAUUCGACAGAUUUCUUCAAAUAACUUCUUUUACGAAUAAUACUUCCAAAAAAAAUAAAUUUCGCGUCAUUUUUCAUCGAUAAAAAAUAAAAAAUUGGAAAAUAUAUGGUGUUUUAUACCCUCAGUUUUGGCAUGUGCAAACAAAAUUUCAAACGCAAAAAUCUUUCUUAUUUGACCUAAUCCAGAAAAACUAAGAACGCCAUUGUGUUCAGCAUACUCGAAUUAUCUUUAGUAGACAUAAGAGCCCUCUGUCGGUUUUUUGAACUAUCACAGUGUAAUCAUUUUUAUCAAAAAAAAACCGACUUCCAUGGAUCGAAACUAGGUUUUAUGGUUUUCUCAUAGAUUCUAUAGCCAGAACUGGACCACACUGCAAGCAUCAGCUUUCCAAUACAAAACCACACUGCAAGCACCAGCUUUCCAAUACAAAAAAAAUUGGUUCACUCCGUCCAAAGUUAUGAGUUAACAAACAUAAAAAAUAAAUAAAAAAAAAAUACAGACGAAUUGAAUACCUCCUCCUUUUUGGAAGUCGGUAAAAAAAAUCAGAAAAUGUGCAAAUACGGGAUAAUCAGGGGCAAAUUCCAAAAUACGGGACACUUAUACGUCCCGGGUUUCUUAAAUAAAAACCCGGCUAAAUAUAAUAAGCUCAUUGAAUUCUGAUCUUUAUAGCAUUGUCCAAUGGGGAAUACAAAAUCGCGUAGAAUUUAAUGCUGCAAAAAAUACUACUGUUUACUUUUAUUAAAGCGAAACCUUCCUGCCAAGCCACUUUCCAUGAGUGGUACUUGCAUCGAGAAAACUGACCAGCUUUCCGUUCUCGGUAUGUGCAUUAGAAACCACCUCCUGUCGAACGAACACAGUUUUUACACCGCCGAGAAAUGUUUAGGUUUCCUCGGAAGAUGCAAGAAAAUUCUCUCCCCGUCUGAUCUAACAGUUUUUCAUAAGGUAUAAAUAUUCGUCCAAAGCUUGAGUGUAACUCCCACGCUCUUUCCAAAAACAUAUAACAUUUUUAGAUUUUAGACUUUUUUCUUCACGGUUAUUACACAUUUUUAAGUUUUACUUUUUCGGACUUACCGCGAUUUAAUUUGUUUAUUAAACGAAAUGAAUCGAUUAAAAUUUCCCGACGUUUCGACAGGGUUACACUUGUCGUGGUCACGGGUUGACUGUUGGUUUGUGGGUGGUUGUUGUUUUUUCUUUUUUCUCUAUUCUCUAUUCUCUCGCUUCUUGUUGUCUUGUGCGGAGAUUGUACCGGUGCGUUGUUUGUGCAUAGAUUGGAGCUUGUUGUUGCAAUUGUUGUGAUUGUUGUUGUUGUUGUGAAUUCACGUAAUCUUGUGAACAAACAAAACUAAUAACAUCAGCCUGCAGAUUAUUUUGAUUUUUAUUUUUGUUUUUUUGUGUGUUUUCUGUUAAGUUUUAUUGUGGUAAGCAGUGGAUCCCAAGCAGAAGAGAGAUUAAAACUUUGGUCGCGGUUGAAAUUUGAAUGCAUUUUAAUUUCAAUUGCUUCUCUUACCGAUCUGGGUACAUAGUAACGUUCGGCGGAGAUGGAUUUAGCUAGAUCAAAUCUGAUAAAGUGAUCAUCAUUAUAAGCCAAAUGCUCACAAAUAGCUGAUUUUGUCACUUCGUUCUUUUGAAUUGAUAUUAUAUGUUCCUUCAACCUACCCUUCAAGCAAACAGGUCCGACCUCGGUCCGAAUCCGCUCCGCCUGAGGCGGAGCUGAGUCCGACUUCGGAUCAGAAACUGGUCCGAAGGCGGCUCAAAUUAGUAUGGAAAUUAUAAUCACCGCGAAGUCGAUUGCAUAUGUAUUGGUGUGGUUAAAAUCUCCAUUCCGAGAAAACGGAGCCGAAGGCGGACCUGAGCCGGAGCAGCGAAAACCUACCAGAAAGAGGAAUAAGAAGGGGAUGACAUUUCGCAUUUGCGACCAAAAAAAGAACAAGAUUUAUUUUUUUUUUUCACUGAAACUGUUUUAUUUUUUAUUUUAUUUUGGCAAACGAAAUUUUCACAAUAAAUACAAUAUGAAAUACAAUACAUUUUUUUUCAUUUUAUUUCAUUUGAUGCUGCUGCUGUUGUUGGUGUUUUUUUAGAUACCCAAUCGCAUGUUUCACCUUCUAGAUUUUUCUUCAUCAUUAGAGAUUUCAUCUACAACACAAGAAGAAACAACAUUUUAACCCAAACACUUUGAGCGAUAUAUAAUAUAUAUAUUGUUUAUAAUUUAAUAAAAUUGUUUAUAAUUAAUAAAUAACAUUAUACAAACAACGACACGAGACACGACGCGACCAAACACUUCAACAAAAAAUAACAAAAUGACGCUUUGGCUCUUGUUGGCCUUGUCUUUCUUUUCCUUUUCUCAUUUUUCACCACGAUUCUCGUUCGACUUUGUGUUCAUACACAAGUGUGUGAGUGCAAGCCCGAUUUUCGCGGUCUGAGGUCGGAGUUUCUUUGUUGAACUCAGUUUUCUUGCUUGAAGGGUAGUAGGAUUCGUUCGUUUUGUUUCACCAAUGUAUGAGGAGCCACAGCUACAAGGAACAGAGUACAUUCCAGGAUUUUGAAAUUGAAUUUUAUCUUUUGGGGAUCUUAAAAGUUGGCGAAUUUUUGCUGGUGGUUUGAAAACAGCUUUUAUGCCAUGUUUCGAUAAAAUUCUUCCUAUUGCUUCGGAAACUCCUUUUCUGUACGGAAGAAAGGCGCGUUUUUCACUCAGUUGCGCUAUGGUUUCGCCCAUACGACAAAAAUAAAAAAAAUAAGGUAUUUUUUUUUCUCUAAAGUGGCUUUUUCCAAUAGAUAACAGUUCAACAUUUACUGUUACACAUAUUAUGUCCUACAAGGGAAGUGAUAUCUGUUUUGUUUUAGCUUUCAAAGUGAGCUGACAAUCCGAUUUUCUUGAAAACAGGUGUUAGUAAAAUUGAUAAAAUUCAACUAUUUUUAUUUUUUAUAAAAGUGAAAUUAUUAUUAGUUUUUUGAAAUGGAAUUUCAGAAGGAAGGUGUGUAGAUUAUUUUAUUUACUUUUUUGUGAAAUUUUGAUGUUUAAUUUUGUAUUUAUGUUAGUAGAGCCAUGUACUGUUUCAGUGUUUUUUCUAUUUUUGUCAAUUUUCAAGUAAACUUUUAAAAUAGUUCUUAACCUAACUUAGGCUAAAAAAUGUGUUUGUUAUAAAGAGUGAUGUGUCAGCUUUAAGAAAAACAUAAUCUUAACACCCACAAUCGACCACAAGUAGCGCAAUUGAAGUGUUGUAUGUUUUGAGCCUUUUUGAGCCGUUUUGAUUUUUGGGCAGCAAAAAUUGGCGAGAAAGUAGAAAUUUAAUUUUGAAAAUGUAAUAUAAUAUUGAAAAUUUUACUAUUAUAUUAUUUAUGCAUUCUAUUUUAAUUUAUGUGGAUUCUUAUUUUUUUUUAAUAUAAUAAUUACUUUUUCAGUUUGAUUUUGAAAAAAAAAACUGAAUUUACUAUUAAAAAAAAAAUAAAUGAAAACAAAAACAGAACGACUUUUCAAUGAGCAAAAACUAACAUGUCAGUGGGUGUGUUUGGUGUGGUGAUUUAUUUUGCAACUUUAUACUAUGCCUGAAAGUUUCAUCCCUAUUGAACAAGUGGUUCAGAAGUUAUUGAAUUAUGACGCCAUCUCCAUACAACGUAAACAACUGUGAGUUGUGGUGGAUUUUUUUAAACAUUUCUUUCUUUCGGUUUCCAGGAGCGUUGUUUGGAAUUGUGACCAUUUUUCAAAAGAGCGGCGGCAACGUAUUUUAAUUCUUCUUUAAGAUGUUCACCAUCACAGAUUGAAUAUGCUCUAUUUACAAGAGUAGAUACCAAAGACGUAAAAUUUGAUGGAGGGUGGUGAGAAGCGGCAUGUAGAUAUCGGUCGGUAUGGGUAUUUUUUCUAUAUACCGUAUGCCCUAUGCUUCCAUCUUGCUUUUUAAUUAUUUUGAUAUCUAAAAAUGCCAAAGCGUUUUCAUGUUCCACUUCCAUAGUAAAUUUAAUUUUUGGAUGAGUAGAAUUUAAAUGGUUGAAAAAUAUGUCAACAUCAUUUUUGUUGAGAAUACAAAAAGUAUCGUCAACAUACCUUUUCCAAAAAACGCUCCUGGAAACCGAAAGAAAGAAAUGUUUUAAAAAAUUCACCACAACUGAUUGAAAAACGCGCCUUUCUUCCGUACAGAAAAGGAGUUUCCGAAGCAAUAGGAAGAAUUUUAUCGAAACAUGGCAUAAAAGCUGUUUUCAAACCACCAGCAAAAAUUCGCCAACUUUUAAAAAAUCAGCUAUUUGUGAGCAUUUGGCUUAUAAUGAUGAUCACUUUAUCAGAUUUGAUCUAGCUAAAUCCAUCUCCGCCGAACGUUACUAUGUACCCAGAUUGGUAAGAGAAGCAAUUGAAAUUAAAAUGCAUUCAAAUUUCAACCGCGACCAAAGUUUUAAUCUCUCUUCUGCUUGGGAUCCACUGCUUAACACAAUACAGCUUAACAGAAAACACACAAAAAACAAAAACAAAAAUCAAAACAAUCUGCAGGCUGAUGUUAUUAGUUUUGCUUGUUCACAAGAUUACGUGAAUUCACAACAACAACAACAACAAUCACAAAAAUUGCAACAACAAGCUCCAAUCAAUGCACAAACAACGCACCGGUACAAUCUCCGCACAAGACAAUAAGAAGCGAAAGCAUAGAGAAAAAAGAAAAAACAACAACCACCCACAAACCAACAGUCAACCCGUGACCACGACAAGUGUAAGCCUGUCGAAACGUCGGGAAAUUUAAAUCGAUUCAUUUCGUUUAAUAAACAAAUUAAAUCGCGGUAAUUCCGAAAAAUUAAAACUUAAAAAACGUAUAACAUAUUGAGAAUUGUUAAAAAAUGAAAAAUAACCUACACUUUGUAAUAUGUAGUUAUUUUUUCAUCUGUGUUAGUAAUGUCCACGAGUAUUUUUCUUGAUAUAACUAAUUUGUAUGAACUAAAGUGGGAGACGAUCUCAUCUUCAAUAUAAAAUAGACUUUGUUCAUCAAUUUUUAUGGCAUUCGUUCAAUUUGGGUUUAGUACCUUUUUCAAUUUUAUUACUGUUCAGUUGUUGUAUAUGUUAUUUUGUGUCUUAAGUAACCUGGGAAUAUUGUUUGUAAAUUCUUUGUAUUUUCCUAAAAAUAUUUGGUUCUUAAAUGUGGUGUUAAUAGCUUUUGAUACAACUUCAAUUGUUUUAACAGGACUACUUUCUGCUGAAUGUGCAGAUAACUGUGUUGAACUAUUUAAAGACUGUGUUCUGGAAAGAGCAACUGCUACUACAUUUUGAUGACCAGUUGAGUUGAGGAAUCGCAAAAGGCUGAUGAAUGUUGUAGCUGGUAGUUUUUCAGAUGUCUAGCUAUGAUUGUUAAAAUUUUGUAAUUUUCUUGGAACCUGUUGGGAAGGAGAAUAAAUGUUAGUUAAAUUUUCUAUCUCAAAAUUAAUAAAAAUUAAAAUAAGAUGUAUCAAUUUGAUUUAAAAAGAUACAAGAAUGAAAUUCAAAUAAAAUAAAGUAGGUAAGUAAAAGAGUAGGAAAAAGAAAAUUUCUUUAGCAACUGCACUUAAUUAUUUUUAAUUAAUUUAGAUUAAAUUAACAAGAAUGUGUUAUAUGUUACAAGUUUUGCUUAAGUAGCACUAAGUUUCAUAGUCAAAAAUCAAAAUAAAAAGUUAACUAUUCUCAAAGCUAAUGUUGAAAAUUUUGCUUUAAGACGAUACAAAAAAGAAAAUUUCAAUAAAACGAUGCUAUUUAUUUUUAUAAAAUUAGUUUUUGGCUAGUUCUAGUAGUAUGUAUAAAUUUUUUUUUCGUAUCUAUCUAUUAAAAGGGUUUUACUUACUGUUUCAAAGUCAGAUCUAUCACUUUGAAUUUUGCUUUAAAACGAUACAAGAGAUUUCUUCCUUUCAUGAAAUUAAGUAAGAACGUGAGUAAAAAAAAGUAAGUUAUUUAAGCAAAACUUUACUGAAUUAUUUUUUAAUUAAUUGAGAUUAAACUAACAAGAAAUUGUUAUAUGUUACAAGUUUUCUCAAGUAGCACUUAGUUCCAUAGUCAAAAUAAAAAGUUAACUAUUCUAAAUCAAAGUGAAUACUUAGAACUUUGCUUUAAAACUAUAGAAAACCCAAAAUUCUAACAAACGGAUGUUACUUCGUGCCUUUAUCUGUUAAAAAUUAUUCAGUCUGCUCUUGCAUCUCUUUUUUACCAUAAGGUAGAUAUUAUAAAAAUGUAAGUUUAAAAUUGGGAAUGAAAAAACGAAAAAACAAAAACAAUUCUACAAAAAAACUGUGUCUUUUGCAAUUCGACAAUAUUACUUUAGAUUUGAGAAUGCGGAUGGAAAUAAACAUAGUUUUAUAGAUACCACCUGUUUAAUUAUCUAUUUAUACAUCAUUGUACUAACGUUUAAAUAUAGAUAAUAUUUUAUGACCAUAGGGAUGUUAUGUACAUAUUUAGGUUCAAAGUGGAUGGCGACAGUAUAUGGCAUAGAUCCUUUGUAUACAUGAUUCACACAGAUUGUGUUUAUGACUCACAUCUGUGUGGAUCAUGUUACAAACAAAUAUUUCUCUGUUUCACACCGCCGCCGUUAUCCAGUUUGUUAUCUAUGUAAAUAUUCUUAUCUGUAGAAGUAAGUUAGACAUAAGACAUAGCUGUAAUGUAGUUUAAAUUUACUUCAAUAAAAUAGUUCGUUUCUUAUAUUCAGAAUGGAAUGUUGUGUUUUGCUAUUUCGUUUGAGAAUUAUUCAUGGUGACCCCUGAGUGAUUGUUCAUGUUCUAUUUUAAUUUAAAAAUUAAAUUAAUUUAAAAAUUAAAUUAUAAAAAAAAAGUGAGUGAUUAUUGAAAAGUAUGGAGGAUGGUAAGUAUUCCAUGUAUCACAAAAAUCCUUCUGUGAAAACAAACUUCAAACUUAAACUCUCAAAUUUUGAGGACUGUAUAACAGACUUCAAAAACGAAGCCUUAACACUUGAGAAAAUUCACCUCAAAGGCCAAUGCGUUCAAAAUUUACCUUUGGCAAAAGCAGAGAAAGAUUUGAAUUGAAUACUUCUCUUGUAUCAACGACAGAUAGUUCGUCAAAUGGCGAGUGUUGGUACGUUAACUUUACGUUUAAUUCAACAGCGAUGCUCCCAAAUGUUCUAGAUGAGUGUAAGCUUCCGAAACAUAUUAAAAAGAGUUUUUCUCAAGAGUCAUUGGAAAAUGAUCUUGGCUUAGAAAUUCGCGAAAGCCCUACAAGAGAAAGGGAUUUUGUGUUCGAAACUCGCCAAACCAAGCUCUUAGAUAUUUUAGGAGUGCAAAGGAAACAGGUUCCUUUGCAGGAAAGUUUAAAUGAAAUGCAUGCCAUAGAAGGCAUUGACAUAGAAAAGCCUAUUUUAAAGGCACCUCUACAUUCAAUAGAAAAUUGCGUUCUACCAGUUUCUAACUAUGAGGAUUCUGAUAAAGAAGAAAUUGUUAAAUUCGAAAACGUAGAUUCUCCUUUGAUUUGUUCUAAAAGAAAACAAAUUAUGAUCUGCAGUAAUCCAAGUGAGACUCAAGAUCAAAAAAUUUCAGAACUAAAUCAGAGUUUUUAUGAAAAGGAACUUGAUGUGAUUCCUCAUCCAUUAGCAGUAGAAAUAGGUUCUUACUGCUUGAGUUCUCAUGAAAAAGAUCGUAUAUUCGGUGUUUCAAUGGAGACUCAAACUCCAAAAUUAAUGGGAACAUUUCUUAAUUCCCUUAGUAGUUAUAUGAUAAAGGAAGUCAAGGACUCCGAGGAACAAGAAGUAAAGGAAACCCUAAGUGUUCCAAAUUCUAAAGUUUAUCUCCGCAAAGGAUUCUUUAAGAAUAAACACAGAAAAACGGUGAAAACAAAAUAUGAUGUGUUUAAAGAGUAUUUUUUUGAUAAUAUUGAUCAAAACCUUCAAUUUCUGUUUAAAAUAAAUUUAAAACAUAAAAUAAACAUUAAAAUCUCCAAUUUUGCAAGAGUUGGUGUUUGUAAAUACUGCUUAAAAAGUCUUUCCUACACUAACCUUUUUUAUUCGAAAAUAAAUGAAGAUCUUCGUAUUCUGUCAAGAUUUCUAAACAAUAUUUUGGUAUGUCCAAGGAAAUCAUUAUGGAAUGGAAAUUAUUGUUGUACGAUAAUAGUUAUUUGCUUGUUGUGAUUUUAAAUCUUUCCUUUAUCUUAAAAUUAUAAAAUGGCUUACUAUACGUGGAAAAUAUUGUACUAAUAAAUCGAACAAUAAAGUAGGAAUACGAGUAUGUCCUCAAAAUAAUUUUAAUAAUUUUCUUAAAGGUGUUUUUCUAAAUUUCAAAAUACUUAUUUUAAUUUCAGGCUUCCAAAGAAUGCUUACUGUUUAUUUUAAAUCAUGUAUUAAUAUACAU